ACACGAGGCAGCCAUUAGGGGGACGCUGGACUAGCUGCUAAGGAACCCAAAGGCCAUCUAAACCAACCCGCCCACAACACCAGGCCCAUCUAGCCAGCGGCAGCAAGUGUCAACGCAGCACUGGCAAGGGCGCUCAAAAUCCCAGGCGCGGAGCAUUUCACACGUAAUGCAAUGCUGCUCCUUGCAGCUUUUGAUGGAGACAUCUGGAAACUGUAGCACCCCAUAUGCUAGAGUGACUUCUAAGUAUCGUACACAUCUGCAGGAUCCAAAGUCGCAAGGGGGCAAAAGACGGUUGUCUCAGGCACGCAACAGAGCUACCUUGGCAGGACUUUUCAACAACCUACGGGAAACAGUAUAUUCUCAGCAAGAUAACACCACAUCAAAGUGUCAGGUUUUAUGCAAGGCUAAGAAUUAUAUCCAGGAGCUGGAGAAAACCUUGGAAAACUUGCUGAAGAUGAAAGAGGUUUUAAAUCUGGAGGAUGGCCAUCCAUCGAGCUUGGAGGAAGUAAAGGAAGAAUAUGUCAAAAUGUACUUCAACAAUCACAGUACUGCUGCAUCCCCUCCUUCAAAUUCUGCGAGUCAGAGUGGCGCUACCGUCUGGUACGUGAUUCAGGAACACGAAAAGACCUCCGUAGGGGAGGAUGUGACUCUGAGGCUGACGCAGUCGCCGGCUGCCUCUUCUCCUGACCUCAUGGAGUUUGAGCGAUACUUACAUUUUUACAAACAGACAGUAGACCUGCUGGUAGAUAAUGGGGUCGUGAGCCCCAAAGACGUUACUCUUCCUGUGGUGUCCACAGCCGUUUCCCACCUGUGGCAGGGCCUCCCUGAAGAGAGGAGGGACAGUGUCCUGCAGUACUGUAGUGAGAGACAGAAUUUCAUCACUGAGGUCAAGAUGGCUUCCCAAGAGCUUCCCUGUACUGACGGCAGUGUGAGGGACAGCGGCGCUAGUCAGGAAGCCAGCGGUUCGCUAGUAUCCACACCAGAAGAGAUCCUCUUUGAAGAUGCAUUCGAUGUGGCAACUAGCUUCCUGGAUAGAAAUGAAACCCAAGAAAUGUCCAGCCAAAGCUCAGCAUUCACAGGCUGUACUUCAGAAAGCCAAGAGGAUUACCAUCACCUCUACCUGCAGAUCAUCAGCUUCUUGAAGAGCCUGUUUUUUGCUAACACACAACCAUCCCAGGAAGAGGUUCUCCAGCUAGAUUAUGAGACUGUGAUGCUGAGAUGCACAGAGACAUUUGAUGAUGAAGACUUGUAAAUUAAGAUGGUUCUAUUAAACGUGUGGGAGGGGUCCUAAUUGUUACUUAAUGACACCCCUCCGCCUGUGCGAGGAGAUGCUGCUUCAAUUUCUUGGUGUUCAUCAUGUUUAAACGAGUUCUGUUUGUUUAUACUACAUAAUUCUUCGUCUGUUAAAUUAUUUGUACUUUUUACAUGUAUUGCAGUUUGAUAUUUAUAAAGUUAAAAUUU